UUGCUGCUAUAACUGAUGCCGCAGUUAUAUUUCCAGCAACUAAGGAGACAUGGUGAUAUCCUAAAGCGAACUGUUGGAGGUUAUCUUGUUGUUCAAGGCAGAGCUGAUGACACCAUGAAUCUUGGAGGUAUAAAGACAAGUUCAAUAGAAAUUGAGCGUGUUUGUGAUCGUGCUGAUGUCAGUGUCCUGGAAACUGCUGCAGUCAGUGCUGCACCACCAAAUGGUGGUCCAGAACAGUUAGCUAUAUUUGUGGUUCUCACAGAGGGGAUAACUGUUUCACCAGACACUCUGAAGAAAAGAUUCUCAAGAGCCAUUCAAAGCAAUCUUAAUCCUUUAUUCAAGGUGAGCUCCGUGAAGAUAGUCCCGAUGUUCCCUCGAACAGCUUCAAAUAAGUUGUUGAGGAGAGUUCUAAGAGACCAGUGGAAGCAAGAUCUUCAGAUACAGAGUAAAAUUUAGCUAAAAUCACAAGUCUGGUAUGUCUGUAAUAUGCUUAUAUAGUUAUAUACAUAUAAGCAAAAGUGGAAGGGUAAGCAAGAAGAUAUGAUGUUGACAUUAUUUUGUGCAUGUAGUAGUAUUAGUGAUAUUUAAAUCUCAGUUGGAAUUUUCUUGUGUUACUUGUUAGUCCUGUGAAUUUUCUUGUGUUACUUGUCAUUUUAACUACAGUGGUAUGCGAUUUAUCUCA